AUGGGAAAAACUACACCUUUUGGAAGGAGGAUGAAGAUUUUUGUGCAAGCAGUAGACUACAAACUUUGGAAGAUCAUCCUGGAGGGUCCCCAAUUCCCAACCACCACAAGUGCAGAAGGAGUAAUCUCUUUCAAACCUGAAGCAACCUGGACCGAAGAAGACAGAAAGAAGGUGGAGCUCAAUGCUAAGGAUAUCAAUCUGCUCAACUGUGCUAUCAGCUUCGAGGAAUACCGAUGGGUAUCACGAUGCACAAUGGCAAAGGAAAUCUGGGACAAACUUCAGAUCACCCAUGAAGGAACCACCAUAGUGAAGAAGACUCAGAUAGAUAUGUUGAACAAAGAGUAUGAAAUAUUUGCAAUGAAGGAAGAAGAAUCUAUUGAUGAGUUGUUCGAAAGAUUCAACAUCAUCAUUGUUGGCUUGGAUGCUAUGGGAAUUACGUAUCCUGAUUCUGUGCUUAAAAUUGAGAAGUUCAAGGAAAGAGACAAGGAAGCAGCUCAAGAAAACAAAAGAAAGAUUUCAGCAAGGUGA